UUUUUUUGUCAAAAAAUUGUUGUGAUGUUUAUUAAGAAUCAGGGAUGGAAUGGGCUGAGAAAUGAGUCGGGGUUUAAAAAUUUUCCUAGAAUCGGGUUUCGGGUCGAUAAAAAGUGUUUCGGGCCGGGUCAAUUAAAAUUUUCUGAAAAUCCAGAUUUUUCGGAGCGUUUGAGGGAUAUUAGUGAUUUGGGGACGAUGAGGGGGAUACCGGUGGAUUUACACGAAUUAAGGGUCGGGUUUCGGGUCAAAAAAAGUUCGGGUUUUGGGUAA